UAGGCAAGGGAGAGAGGAAGAAAGUGGGUGAGGUAAAGAGGGCACAAGUGAGGAAGAAAUAAAAGAAAAUGGUGUGGGAGAAAAUGGAGCAGAGAGAUUGAUUGAGUGAGUGAGUGAGUGGGAAGAAGAGAUUGAGUAGGGAAGGGGUAGAGAGAGAGGAGAGACAAAGACCUGUGUCGGCCAUGGUGAUAACAACAAUAUAUUGGAAUUGUGGGCGGCUCAGAAGAUGAAAGGCCAGGUCACCGAAUGUAAAAACAAUGUGAGAGGAUCCCUGCGUCCAACGGACAGAAUCAACAUUUGAUUUUAACCCUCAAAGUGCUGAUCAGAAGUUUGGGAGCCAUCAUGUCUGACCCCAGUGAGUGGGCAGGGCUGCCCAGCUACAAGGGUCACUGUGUGACGGGCUCCUUGCUCCAGCGCUCCAAAAGUUGCCGGAGUAACAGGAAGAGCCUGGUUGUUGGCUCGGGGUCUCCCAGCCUCUCUCGGCCUCUUUCUCCACUCUCACUACCGGCAGCUGGAAGCCCACAGGACAGCCCGAGGAUAUUGUCCACCAGUCCUGCUCUCAACUUUCCAUUUGCACGAAGGAUGGAUGGUCGCCGCUGGUCCUUGGCCUCCCUGCCAUCCUCAGGAUAUGGAACCAACACUCCAAGCUCCACUCUGUCGUCCUCCUCCUCCUCUCAGGAGCGGCUGCAUCAGCUGCCGUUCCAGCCCACAGCGGAGGAGCUGCGAUCGCUCUGCAAGCACUUCCGCAGCACGGACAGCGUCGCUGACGAUGACGGGUCUCAGUCGCCCAUCACACGCCCUCGAUCCAGGAGCCUCAGUAGCCCAGGCCGCUCGUCACUUUCCUUCGAUAAUGAGAUUGUGAUGAUGAACCAUGUGUACAAGGAGCGGUUUCCUAAGGCGACUGCUCAGAUGGAGGAGCGGCUACAAGAGAUGAUCAGCAGCUUCACGUCCAAGGAGGUGCUGCCCUUGGCGGAUGGGGUGCUGGGAUUCAUCCGCCACCAGAUCAUCGAGCUGGCCCGGGACUGCCUGGACAAAUCGCGGGAAGCCCUCAUUACUUCACGCUACUUCCUGGAGUUGCAGGACAACCUGGAGAAGUUGCUCCACGACGCCUUUGAUCGCUCAGACAGUGAGGAGAUGAUGUUCAUUACUCAGCUGGUGAGGAAGCUGCUGAUGAUCAUCGCCCGACCGGCUCGCCUGCUCGAGUGUUUGGAAUUUGACCCUGAGGAGUUUUACCAUUUGCUGGAGGCAGCAGAGGGACAUGCGAAAAUUGGACAAGGCAUCAAGACUGACAUACCUCGGUACAUCAUCAACCAGCUGGGGUUGACAAAGGAUCCACUCCACGACAUGGUUCAGCUGGACAGUGUUUCGGCAAUCUCCUCAAAUACCGAUGAGUCUCAGGAUCGAGCUGCAUCGAUCCCACUGCGCAGAAAACCCACGGAGAGUGAUUUUGAGACAAUUAAGCUGAUCAGUAACGGGGCCUACGGGGCCGUCUACCUGGUCCGACACACGGAAACAAGACAGCGGUUUGCCAUGAAGAAGGUGAACAAGCACAACCUGAUCUUGAGGAACCAGAUCAAGCAGGUGUUUGUCGAGCGGGACAUCCUAACGUUCGCUGAGAACCCCUUCGUGGUCAGCAUGUACUGCUCCUUCGAAACCAGGCGCCAUCUAUGCAUGGUGAUGGAGUACGUAGAAGGUGGAGACUGUGCAAACCUCCUGAAGAAUAUUGGUCCCCUGCCUGUUGAUAUGAGCAGAAUGUACUUUGCAGAAACGGUUCUGGCCCUGGAAUAUCUCCAUAACUAUGGCAUUGUUCAUCGUGACCUCAAACCAGACAACCUGCUGAUCACCGCGAUGGGUCAUAUCAAGCUGACCGACUUCGGACUCUCGCGGAUCGGACUCAUGAACCUGACGACAAAUCUCUACGAGGAUCAUAUUGAGAGAGAUACCCGGGAGUUCAUCGACAAACAGGUUUGCGGGACCCCCGAAUAUAUUGCCCCUGAAGUCAUUCUCCGGCAGGGAUAUGGUAAACCGGUAGACUGGUGGGCCAUGGGGGUCAUUCUCUACGAGUUUCUGGUUGGCUGCGCUCCGUUCUUCGGCGAGACUCCAGAAGAACUCUUCGGGCAGGUGGUCAGCGAUGAAAUAAUAUGGCCCUGUGAGGACGAGGCGCUCCCUCCAGAGGCCCAGGACCUCAUCAGUCGUCUCCUGAGGCAGAAUCCACGCGACCGUCUGGGCACCGGUGGAGCUCUCGAGGUGAAACAGCACGGUUUCUUCACCCGGCUGGACUGGAACGGGUUGCUGCGUCAGAAGGCAGAAUUCAUCCCUCAGCUCGAGUCCGACGAAGACACUAGCUACUUCGACACUCGCUCGGAGAGGUACCAGCACUUGGAAUCCGAGGAGGAAGACGACACCAAUGAUGAAGAAUCGUCUCAGGAGAUCCGACAGUUCUCGUCCUGUUCGCACCGAUUCAGCAUGGUUUAUGGCAGCUCUGAGCAUUUGGCAGCUUCUCUGCCGGUGAGCCAUGACCAGGCCGAUGCCAAAGAGGAGGCCCAGGAGCGAGUGUAUCAGGGCAGCCCAAAGCAUUCGGUCUGCACAAGCUCCAGCCUGAGGCCUGGAGCAUCUUCGGCCACCUCCCACUCGGACCGAGCUGAGAGCCCCAUCCACGGCCCCUGCGGCUCCGACACUGUGCCCUGGUUUGCAUUCUCCACUGAGGACGAGAGCGAGCUCUGCGCUCUCAGCCAGCGAGCGCCGGGCCCGGACAGGCAACAGGCAGCGGAGGCACCGCCGUACUUGGAGCUAAACCAACCGAGAGCAAGGACAUACUCAGACGCGCUUGCCAGCAACAUUAACCUCAUGCGCGUACGCAGCAACAGCGUGGAUCACAGAAGCUCCACUCCAAAGGGCCGUCUCCCUGCUCACAAACUCGACGAUCCCUCCGGCACUUCAGAGAACAGGCUGUCUCCGUGCCGCUCCUUUCCCAAGUCGGCUUCCAGCGGCGCCCUCUCCAUCCUCAUCUCACCUGACCUAGUCCGUGGGCCCCUGGUCGGUGCAAUUUCUCAACACUCCCUCUCACCAAACUCAUCGUCCAGGGAUUCCUCUCCGAGCCGCGACCAUUCACUGAACAUCACGAGUCUGCGGCCUCCGAUAAUCAUCCACAGUUCUGGAAAGAAGUUUGGUUUCACGUUGCGGGCAAUCCCGGUCUACGUGGGAGACAGCGAUGUGUAUACCGUGCAUCACAUGGUCUGGACCGUGGAGGAAGGAAGCCCGGCACACGAGGCAGGCCUGAGUGCCGGAGACCUCGUCACCCACAUCAACGGUGAAUCGGUGAUGGGACUGGUUCACACCGAGGUGGUGGAGAUACUGCUGAAGAGUGGGAACAAGGUGGUGGUGUGCUCCACCCCGCUGGAGAACACAUCCAUAAAGGUCGGCCCUGCAAGAAAGACGAGCUUCAGGGGCAAGAUGGCUCGGCGCAGGAAGCGGCACCGAAAGAGGGACGGCCAGGAAUCAAGGAGAUCACGCAACAACAAGUCUCCCAAGCAGCCAGCGGCGCGGAACACGAGCAGAUGCCACCCGCCUGCCUUGUACCAGCCCUACUCAUCCAGUGAGAGUAACCCGGGCUCUCCCACCUGCAGCCUGUCUCCGGGACCAGCCACUCCCUGCAGAAGCCCUGCGCCCGAUCCACACUCAGGGACCACCUCGCCACAGAGCGUAUCUCCAGGACACAGUGCUCCCAGCUCUCCGGCCGGGAACCUCCGGCCGUGUUCCUUGCACGGACUCGCCUCCAAGGCCAAUAACCAGCGUUACAAGGCCGGCCGACGGAAGUCCACCAGCAGCAUCCCACCCUCACCUCUGGCCUGCACCCCGUCGCCAACGCCCCAACCCGCCUCGCCACACCGCUCGCCCUCCCCCCUCUCCUGCUCGUCCAAGAACAUCCAGGCCUACUCCGGCAAGACGCUCUCGCCGCCCACCAUCGUCAGGCACCUGGUGCGUCCGCGCAGCGGCGAGAUGCCGCGCUCGCCGCUGCUGAGGCAGCUGCAGUUGGGGGAGAGGCUGUCGGCCCUCUCUCUGGGCGAGAAGAAGCCGUGCGGCUCGCGGAGGCAACCGGAGCCGUCCCUGGGGGAACCAGGAUGGGUCGAACCUUCACAGAGCGAUCCUCGCGCUCUGGCAGAACUGCCGGCCCUCGAGCCUCCCGCCGAUCCACAGGCAUCGGGAGAGGCUGCGGAAAGCCCGGACCCUCGAGAGGGGUGGGUGCGGAAACACGGGAAAUGUGGCGACUGCAGGCCCACCAGACGGCCAAACCUGCUCGACAGGUGCAACUCGCUCCCGAGGCAAGAAACACUGGCGGAAGUGAACGUCGGAGGUGGCAUUCCAGUCACGGGGGCUGAGCAGGAAAGGAGGAGGGACGAGAGAGGCAGCAGAAAGGAAGCAUUGGGAGUCAACUACACUCCAUAUGAGGUGGCGUGGCUGGACGCAGGAUUUGACUUGGUCUCUGGCCCUGUGGCCAACACGUGCCGUGAUCACGUCGACUGGAGGCCAGACAUGGGGCCAGGAGUCGAAGUUCACAGGUCAGAGGUGAAAAGUUGGAAGCAGGAAAGUGGGGACUGGCAACACCAGACGAGCCGACGGUAUCAGAGCCCGUGCCAACACGUAUACGUACAAGCUGCAGGCAGCAGCAGCUCGAGGGAGACGGGGGAGCCACUACUUGAAGGACCAGAUGGACAAGAGACGUCCUUUCUUGCACCGUCGCCUCCUGUUGGUCACGGACAUCUCCGCGUUGGGGAUCACCCGUCAGGUCCACUGCACCGUCAGGGCAGAUAUCCCUCGGGCGCGGAUGAAGGCCUCGCUCCGGCGGCGCUGUCGGUGGGUGCCGCUGCAUGCGAGUCCGUCGCGGAGACGGAGGAAGCGGUGACGUGCAGACAGGAGAGCGCCGUCUGCUUGAACACUGAAACACCACCAAACAGGGCCGGGGAACAGCAGGCAGGCACAAGCUACAAGCCGGCUCCAGAAUACACAAGCCGGAAGCCAAAAAGGAAGCAAAAAGAAAGAAAGUGUUAGAUACUGAGUUUUAAAAUGCACGCAGCAGCCCGAUUGAAAAUACUAUUGUCAAGGUGGAUUAAACUGUGUGAGUCGGGGGGGGUGUGUGUGUGUGUGUGUGGAUACCUGUGUGUGUGUGUGUAUAUGGAUACCCGUGUAUGUGGAUACCUG